AUGAUGAACAGCGAGCGAGCUUAUGUGACGGAAGGAAGCAGCAAUAGGCCUUUGAACGAUCGUGAGGAGAGGCCAACAUUAUCUGAUGGCACACUCGUUGGACGAGCGGAAGCAGGACCUUUGCCCACGAAACAAGGGGAAUUGGGAUAUGUCCCUUCAUCAGUGGUCCCGCCUCAAGCUCCGAAUGAGGACACGAACCAGUUGCUUCAAACGAAGUACCACCCAACACCCAAAUGCAUCCACAGCAAGCCUUCCAUCCUCCUUCAAACAGUUUCUUCGAACGCCAAGGCCUCUCCCAACUAUCCACGGCGUGCGGUCAACAACCCAGCGGUCGUCGGGUGGAUCGUUACCGUUGUAAGGAUGAAUGCCUGGGAUAAGAAAGGCUCAGUCUUUGCGCCACCUCCUCAAAGCAUCAGCAGCGAGGAAGGGAACAAGAGCAAUGCCGAUGCUCCGCCUCCCGACCCGUUUGAUCAGAUGACCCAUUCAUCCCUCGUCUUUGUGCACGUAGCGUUCGGGGCAUCCGUCCUCUUCUUGCUCCUCAUGCUCGAACGGGCAGUUUACAGGUUCCGAGCUGAGCGAUACGCCCAUUUGCAUCCCGAGGAAAUGGCCGCAGCAACAGAAGUGAAUAGAGAGAUGGGCUUGAGUCCGUGGAAUCGUCCGCCGUUGCCGUCAUAUGCUGCUGCCUUGGGGGUCAGGGGAACUGGAGAUGUCGAGGAUAAUGUUAUUGCUGCUCCUCCACCACCUGAAUACGGAAACACACGCGGAAGCACGCUUUUGUUGACCUCCCACCACCUGGCUGGAUCUCAGUCCCGAUCAUCGUCUACUUCACAGCCCAGGGAUGAAAACAGACAAGACGUACUCGGCCGACCGAUCCAAGACUGGUCCAGGCCUGUCAGUUACGCGGAGGACGAAAUGCGGGAAAAUCUGCGGAGGAGUUUGGACUUGGAGGCUGCGCUUGCGAGGUUGGAAGGCCCGAAUAGGCCAGAAAGUGCUUUGACAAGGCGGUAG